AUGCGACGCCAUCCACAGAGCGCCCUUGCGCUUUGGCGCUCUCAAUCAUCCCCAUCGAUCUUUCGUCCAAUCUCUCUCCGGUUCCAAAGCUCCCAUGAUACCCCUCCACACCUCGGCCGGACUCCGAGACGUCAGUGGCAGACACGAGAAGGUCAAAAACAUCUGCUCGAAGUCGACUCCCUAGGGAAACCAGGCGAGAUUGUGGUGGUAUCGGAUUUGCCUCGAGGAAAUGUCCGAAAUAGACAGAGAAAACGGAAUGAUGCGGUCGAGGAUGUAGAGCAGAUGACACUGAGCUCGAUGUUGGAUGCUCUCGACGAAGAGGCGUCGGAUCUGACAGCCAGUGCGGUUAAUCAUGCUUUUGAAACUUUUCGGGGUACACACCGGCCCAAUGAUCCGUUAACCCCCGUUGAAUGGGAAAAUUUGCGAUCAAAGCUCGUGACAUCGUUCACCUACAAUCAACUAUCCGACUACAUCGUCGAGUCCCGAAGCAAGUUGUCCAGUACCGAUGAGAGCGCUGGAAAAUGGAGACCAGGGACAUCGUUGUUUUUACACGCAAUGCCGGAAGAGACACGAGACGACGUCACUGAUCGCGUUGCGACAUCCCGGGAUUUGAAAGGGAAGUCGCUGAUGGCAGAGAAGAUUCUACGAAACUGCUGGCAACUAUCGAUUGUGAAUGAAGUGGGUCAGCUGGAUCUUAGGUUGCCAUCGGCGUCCGCUGUGUUGCUAUUGAAUGCAGAGCACUUUUCCUUUGACGAAGUGGCCAGCCUUCACGGAUCAAGCAUUGACAUCACGAGCUCCUUGGGUCUCGUCAGAAUCACCGGAAAGAAGAAUUCUUGUGAAUCCAUCCGUGAGGUCAUUCUUGACGCCACCGCUAGGAUUCGCGAUCAUGAUGUUGAUAUCGAGGUGGACAAGGCGACCUCGGCUCGGGUUUUCGGCUCAGAAUUCCUAGAAUGGGUGGGGAAGACCUAUGGAGUUGCCCUUGAAAAAGGGUCGUCUCGUGUGCCGACUAAAAUUCUUUACCUUGCGGAGAACGAGCGCGGUGCGGACGAGGCUCGGAGGACUCUCAAUCUGGCUAUCUACGAAAACAAGCCCGUUCAGUUCCCCUUCUCCUCUUACCUACCAGCGUCCGAACAGGCGAGCGUGUACCAUAUAAACCCUGGGGAAAACGUCUCUUGGUUCGACAGUCAGUUGUCAUGGUUCCGCUGGGCCAUGUCUAGUACUCAGAGUGCGGAGGCAGCACCAUCCAGUCCUAUUUUUGAUUCCCACCAGUCCAGGCUCUCGAAUGCUUUAUUAAAGCUUCUACGCACUGGCCUUCCCACAAAGGCUCAAUCACAAGCCGGCUCUCAUGUGCAUGAAUCCGUGACCGCUGCCGCUGGAAGAUGUCUUUUUGCUCGAAAAGCUUCAUUCGAGGAAAGUGUCCUGACUGCCCCGCAAUUGGGCGCGCUGUCCCUUCCUCGAACUUUUACGACAGAGAUUCCUCGAAUCGCGCCUUUCCUAGAGUCACUUCCUCUUCAGUCCAAGGAAGCCGCUCGGAAAUACGACAUUCGCUUGACUCCGUCUGCUCACUUCGCAGAUACUAUCCCCCCAUUAGACGUCGAGAUUCUCGUCAACGUGGCAGAAAUGGCCGGAGUAGAAGACACAAUCAAGGUGCAAAGUGUGAAAUCCGUCUUGAGCACCAACAGCGUCGACUAUCUUUUGCCGGAGAAUGGCCUGGACUUGCGCUUUACCCACACCGUCGGCCGCAAGGUCUCGAAUGAGACCCUGACUGGAUCAUCACAUUACGAACUCCUUGUGAAAAGCAUCACGGAGUCUUUACAGGGCGUGUUUGACUCAAGAAACUCCUCCCUUGGGCCCGUGCCUCUGCCUCCUUUCUGUCAGAUUUCGGUCCCCGGCGAUCUUCAAUUGUCGGGCGACCCGAUUUCGAACGACCACAUCACUGCCGAGUACUUGUUGCCCCCGCUCAGCGACAUUGAGGGAGCAAUGACUCAAUCGUAUGACUUUGAUGGCAGGCUGUUGUCCUAUCGCUUUUACGAGAGCGGGCCAUUCCUUGCUGCUCGAACGACGGAGCUAUUUUUGAAUAUGGAGCUUCCGGACGCCACCUCGAGGCUUGAACCCAAUCAGCCCCAAGAGUCCGUCGAAGAUACAUUCCAUGCAUUCUACAACGCCGCAUGCAAAAUGGCGUUCAAAAUUCACAAAGCAAAAUUCGAGACCGCGGAAGCUCUCUAG